AACUGGGACGCAGCAAAUUCGUCUCGGUUUCGUCCAAGCAGCAGGCGUUCCAGGCUUCGAUUUCACCCAAGACAUUCACCUGGAGAUUGCUUGUUCUGGUCUCUGGCCCCUUGCUGGCUUUCGUGGCCAUGCUCUUCCUGGUGAACAAAUUUCUGUACUGGCAUCCGAUUCUCGUCUAUUCCUUUGCUGGUCUGACCCUCGCGUUGAGUAUGUGGGUCUUGAAAAUCUACCGCAAGGAGCCGUGGCAGCUGUGGCUGGGCCGCUUCAUGCUGGCCUCUACUGUCUUGGGUCUCGUCUCAGGUUGCCUGAUCUAUUUUACGAGCUCCGUCUACUACUACCACUACACGGGUGCUGCAACGUAUACGAGCGUUGUUCCUUCGCAACCGGCCGAAAGCAUUCUUGAUGCCGGCAUUGUCAACUUUGCCGUGGGAAGCGGUGUUGAUGCCUCCAGAUCCAUUGGAUUCCAAUCUGCAGCUGACGGCGCAGUCAUCUGCUUAGCACCAAUUGUCGAUGCAUCAAUGAAACCGCAGACACCGGUGAACGUGUUCGCAUAUGGCAUCAAUUGCUGUGGCUGGCGCGGCAACUUCCACUGCGAUGAUGCGCUGAAGCCAUCCGCACGGUAUGGUCUGGUCCGACCUGAUCCGGCAGCCAUCCUGCCCCCGUUACUGGGGGAUCUGGUCUCGGGUCCCAGCGAGGAGACCCUUGCAGCUGCCGUUCGUCUACAGCAGGCGUCCUUCGGUGGAUCAUCAAAAGCGGUGAGGAACAUCUUCGUGCGUUAUGUCAACGACCCGCUUCUUGCCAAAAUGAGCUUUGUUGACACGGCCGUUCUGGCAGCCCUGUCCUGCUCCAGCCUAUGCUUGGUGGGCCUCAUCGCCUGUGCUUCGCUUGCGGUUCUUGGAGCCGGCAAGGAGCGGGGCCUUCAAGCCGGAGCAGUUGCGCUCAUGGUGCAUUCUUUCAGUCACCAUGCGGCGGAUGCUGGAAAGCUGCGUGGAAGCUUGCUGAGCCUUACUCAGGCACCAGCUCCGGCUCCUGCAGUGGUCUUUGCAUCCUCGCCCCUGGGGGCCUCCUUCCCCGGUCCACGGGGAGACCCAGGGGACGUUGGGCCUGUGGGAGAUGCAGGGCCCGAUGGUCCAGACGGCCCUCCAGGGCCGCCGGGUCCGCCAGGUCCGACCGUCAUGGUUUCAUUGCCUAUGGGAGCUGCAAACCCUUGGAUGCCAAUGUAUCCCAUGCAGAUGCCUAUGAUUCCCCUUGCCAUUAUCCCGACACCAACACAGUCCCCGCCUCAGCAGCCGCUAGCGGCGGCUGUGGCACCAGCUCCGGCACCGGUACUGGCGGCUGCUCCCAUGGGUGCAAACCAAGCACGUGCAGAGGAGAUCUGCAGCAAAAUGCUUGAAGACGUAGAUGCAGACCAUAAGCAGCACUGCGUCAAGACGGUGUUGAAAUCAAUGGAGCAAGGGCACUCGGAGGAGCAGUCCAUGUUCAUGGCCAAUGCGACGAUGCAGCUCCUUCAGCUUGGCCUUCCAGCAGCCGCUGCCGAUGCCGGAGCUCUGGAAGCUCUGCGUGGCUUCACGGACGGGAUGCCGUUUCACAAGGCGCUGAACCACGGCCAAGCUGCGGCAAUUUACGAGAAUGCAUUGCUGAGCGGUUACACGCCAGCAGCGGCCAAGAUCGCCCGAAUGAAUGCCCUCCGAACGUUGGAGGCUGGAUACUCCAGAAAGGCAUCUCUGGUAGCCAGUGAAUCAGCUGCAAAAGCCAUCGAAGCGGGCUUGACCCCGGCAGCUGCAGAGGCAGCCGCAACGGCCUCUGCCAAUGCAAUCAGAGAUGGAAAGUCUGUUGAGGAGGCUGCUGCAGCUGGUGCUGCCGUCGCACAGGUGACAAAGGAUGGCUCUCACAUCGUUAUCCACAUUCACGAUCACGAUGCAGACGGCCAGGUCACGAAGUACCGGUAUCAGCCAGGUUCGACGGACACUGCAGCACCUGUCUCAACAGGUCUAGACACACCUGCUCUAGACGCUGUACCGCCUGCUCAUACAGCGGAAGCACCGCCAGCCACAGAGCUCAGGCCUGUUUCAAAACCAUCAGUUGUGGCGCCAGCGCCUGCGGCAGCUCAACCAUUUCACACCGGUAAAGUCACGGCACCAGUGCCCCCGCCAGUGAAGUCUCCACCACCAGUACCGGUACCAGUGCCACCCGUCGCAGUACCUCUUCCUGUACGUGUGUCAAAGCCGGCAGUUGCUCCAAGCCCAGAAGCUGGAGGCGGAAUGGAUGCGCUUCUGCCCCGCGAGUUGCCCGCGGAAUCGGCAGCCGUGCCAGCGCCAGCGGUUCCAGCACCGCCAAAGUUUGCAUCCGUGCCGGUCGCUUCGGCGCCGGUGCCCUCCACUCCCAUGGCUGCAGCACCGGCACCGGCAACGCUGGCAUCGGGCACAGGAACCUUUGGCACCGAAAGCCGCUCUCAGGGUCCUGAAGCCAGCAUUGGGCAGACGGGAACAAGUGCAGAAGUGGCAGAAGUGCGUGGCGAUGCGAGUCCGAGCACAGCUCCGACCGCGAAGUCUCUGGCAAAGAACCGUGAAAGCUCCUCUUCCACAGAAGGAAGCAAGAAAGCAAGUUCAGAAGCUUCAGAGAAGUCCGUGCCAUCGCCAGAAGCAGAACCUGGAGCAGCAGGCGCCGAGGCUGUGACGGGUCAAGCCACGCAUGCUACGCCGGAGACAAAGGCAGCCAAGGAUUCCGGGGAAACUGCGGGGGUCCCUGAGGUCACGCAGGGCUCUGAAGCAACCCCGGCCUCUUCCAAGGCUCCAACCUCCUCAGCUGGAUCGCAGGAUGAGAGCUUUUUCGAUACCGUUGUGGACACGGUGAAAGAAGCUGCCACUUACGUGCCCUUCGUGCCCUGGUUUGACCAGCUGCUGAACGGCUUGAAUUGGGAGCGACCAGAGGUGCACGGAAAGCCACUGCCUCGCAGUGCUUGCUGGCUAACGACCGCCGGCUGCUCUUGCACGUACCGGUACAGUGGCACGUCAUGGCCAAACAUGGUAAUGCCUCAGUGGUUCAUUGAUCUGACAGACGAGGUAUGCCGCGCUUGUGAAGUGCCAGAACGCCCAAACUCGUGCAACGCCAACCUGUAUGAGGACGGCGGUGACUCUGUUGGCUGGCACGCAGAUGAUGAGCCAUACUUCGAUGCAAAGCAUACGGAUGCACUCAUCAUCUCCUUGUCUCUGGGUGCGACCCGCACGUUUUUGCUCCGUCCCAAUGAUGCCCCGACGCAGAAGACAAAGUUAUCUCUGGAAAAUGGGGACUUGGCCACAAUGGAAGGUCGGCUCCAGAAGCACUACUCACAUGCAGUGCCCGCCUCGGGAGUAUUGGCCGACGGGUCGUCGAACGGAGUUCGAAUCAACCUUACCUGGCGAUGGGUACUGGUUCACGACCGUGGCUGUCCAAAGCGCGGCAAUGGCCGCGCAGCCAGCGAACCGGUUCGUGUGCCGCGCAAGGCAGCAGGAGACGAGACGAAGAAGGCUACGCAAGCG